UUUUUUUGUGUACAGUGUGUUCAUAGAGCUAGGCGCUUAUUAUUCUCGCGUGUGCUUAAAAUAUAUUUUAGAUAUAAUAACGUAUAAAACAUAAACAGUUUAAAAAUGGCGCGCAUCAAGACAUUUUUCAGUUGUUCAGAUUUGAAAACUGGUGGAGUUACUAUUGGAUAUCUCUCAGCUUUAGCCAACUUUGUGUAUCUAAUUUUGGAUGUUGAGCUUGUGUUACUAUUCAAUUUACCGCCAUCAGAGGAUAGGCGUCAGUAUUUCGGUUCAUAUAUCAAUGAAAUCAAUACAUCAUCAAUCGCAUUUCCGAUUGUGCUGUUCGCGUUGGUUGCAUCGUUCUAUGGCGUUAUUGCAUCACUUCUGUUAGUAUGCGGAUCACUAUGUGCGAACCGAAAGCGUGUUUUAUGGUGGCUCAUUUAUCAACCAAUUGCCAUUUUAAGCAUCAUUGCCUUGACAGCAUAUACGAUUUAUUUACGUUGUACCUCAGGCAAGCCAUUCCUUCAUUGUGCUAUUUUGGAAUCAAUGUACCUGAUUUUCUUGAUCGCACUCAUCGUAUAUAUUGCUCUACAUGUUUACUUCUUCAUCGUCAUCAUUGAGCUAUACUUAGAAUUGAAGGCACAAGAGCCCGCCCCAGUUGUCGAGGAUGAUGUUGAAGCGAAGAUUGGAAAGGAAGAAGAAUUACAGCUUUUGGAAACACCUAAAGUUGAGAAUGCUGAUGAGACAGACAAAAAUGCUGAUGAGAAGCCUGCUGAGGAUGAAAAACCAAAAGAGAAUGCUGCAGAAGAGCCCAAGAAGGUGAAGAAAUCAAAAUGUGGAAAAUUAAAUUGCACUAAAGAUAUCUUUAAAUGUCCGUCAAUUGGAAACUGUAUCGGUCCCGAUCAUUUUGAAUAAGAAGCUAGCUGAAUAAUUUUAAGUAAAAGUUACUCCUUUAUUUUGAGAUCAAAAUGACGACAAUCAUUAAUCAUAAGAAUUAUUACCAUUUUUAACAUUAUUAUACAUCAUUUAUAUUUAACAACAUGACAACCUGUAGAGGCAUGAUAAAACCAAAAAAAGAAACAAAAGUAUAAGCUUUCUCUGUAUUCUAAUGCUACUUAUGUAAUCUCUUUCUCCAUAGAAACCAUACAUGAUAGAUAUAAAACAUUAAGUUAGGACCAGAAUAAAAUAAAGUAAUACUUUAUAUCCCUGUCAGAGUUGGUAGCAUGGGAUUGUGUUUUGGAGAUAAGUUUAAGUUUAUUUUGGGGAAUCUGGCUAUGAACCAUGAACUGACCUAAAGUCUAGACUCUAGAGCUUUAUGAUAUAUUUUAGGGUUUACCUUUUGGGGUCUAUUAAAGUACUACAU